AGGAAGUCGUGUCAAAUUCGAUGGGUAUUUCUGGUAGGGUAGGUGGUGAAAGAAUCAGCAAAUAUGUGCGGUAUGACUCAGAUCUGCCGGAUGCCAAUAGGUAUGCACCUCGACCUGAUGACUCAGUUCCCGAUUACAUCCUCACUGAAGCGAGAUUGAAACAAAUUCGAUCAGAAUUCAUGUAUUGGUAUUUUGACAAAGGAGGUGACAACGAUAAUGGAGAUUAUCAAACAGAUAUUCACGCAUCCACAGCGAUCAUUCACAAGAAUUUUAAUUUUCAAUUACCUUUUUUCGGAUUUCGAUUCAAUUACACUAGGGUAACCGUCAAUGGUUUUUUAGAGUUUAGCGAUCCUCCAGAUCAUUACACAUAUCCUUUGGUCUUUCCAAUCAAAGAUUGGCCCGAAAGAAAUGAUCCCAGUUUUAUUGGGAUAUUUUUCAGUCUUUGUCGUAUAGGAAAACUUAGGCCAACAGACAACGACAAAAGAAGACCUGGUGUCUAUUUUCGACUCGAAAGAGAUCUACAGAAAAGAACGGAUCAAUUUGGCGUAGAAAUGAGAGAACGAGUCAAAUGGGAUAUUCGUCAAGGUGUCGUGGGUUCUGAUUCAUUUGACCCAAAGCAUGCCAUUAUUGUCACUUGGAAGAAUAUUUCCUUUGUCGGUGGCCUCGAUAAUGCUCUCUAUAAAACGAAUACGUUUCAAAUGGUUCUAGCUACGGAUGAAGUGUUCACAUACGCAAUAUUCAAUUAUCUAGAUAUUCAAUGGUCUGCACACACAUCAGCUGGUGGUGACAGUUCUGGUGGAGAGGGUGGAGUACCUGCAUUUAUUGGAUUUAAUGCCGGUAAUGGUACACAAAGUUACGAAUAUAAACCUUAUUCACAAACGUCUACUGUGCGAGAUUUAACGGGUAGAGGAUGGGCCAAUGGUUUUCCAGGCCGUCACAUUUUUAGAAUAGAUGAGAAAAUAAUGCUAGGUACUUGUAACAAGGAUAUAGCCGGUACUCAUUUGCCUCUUGUAUUCGCUCCUGAAAGCGGAAACAUGUUGGGUGGUACAGUAGUCAAUAUCACCGGACCUUGUUUCAAUGAGACCGAGAAAAUCAGGUGUCUGUUCGAUACGGUCACGGUGAUCGGUCAUGUCGUAGACAGAAAUCGUGCUAUUUGCGUUCAACCAUUCGUACAAGCCGAAGGUUACGUUCGGUUGGAAGUAGCCAUUGGGAAUAGCGGAAAAUUUAAUUGGAAGGGAAAAUAUUUCAUUGAAACACCUGCUACUGCUGCCGAAAAAAUUUCUUUCUCCAAUACGGCUGUUCAUGAACUCGAUCCAGCGGAAAUAAAGAUUACAUGGAAUCAAUACAAUUUAACGAGCAACUUAAAUGCCGGUGUUCAAAUAUCGUUAUGGGGUUACAGAGAAACAAAGACUACUCCCGAGUUAAAAUUCAUUACUGAUCUUGAGAUAUCGCAUACUAAUACAGGCAGUUAUACAAUUAGACCAGCGAAUUAUCGUGAUAUGUACAAUCCUGAUGUACAAGAUAUUGUGUUCGGAUUUAUAAAGAUUAAUCUAACAGAUCCGGCUCAAUAUUCUGGAAUUAAUCUUUCGCCAGUUUUAUGGAGUAAACCGAUUCCACUUGCUUGGUACUUUGGCCCACAAUGGGAAAGAUUAUAUGGGUCUCGUUGGUCACAAAGAAUGUGUGAUAGAUGGAUUAUGAAUGACAGAUACUUGAAAAAUUUUGCUGCUGAAAUUACAUUAUGUCCUUGCACUCUGGAACAUGCUUUGUACGAUAAAGGACGAUUUAUGCCAGACUUCGACUGCGAUAAGGACUCAAAUCCCGAUUGCUAUUACAAUCAUCAUGCGACUCAUUGCGUGAGGACUGGUGCACCAAAUUUGUAUGGUUCGGAACAACAAUGCUGCUACGAUAAAAAUGGUUUUUUGAUGCUUACAUACGAUCAGCAAUGGGGCUCGCGACCACGUCGUUCGCAUAAUUUAGGCUAUUUCCCAUGGAAUGAAGCUAAUAAAGUACCAACUCUCUCGCAAUGGUAUCACGACAUGGUUCCUAUGUACUUGUGUUGUCUGUGGCAAGAGGAACAGGCAGUCGGAUGUGAAACGUUCAGAUUUGAGAGACGUCCUUCGCAGGACUGCAUCGCUUAUCAGUCUCCGGCUAUUGCAACGGUAUUUGGUGAUCCACACGUUGUUACGUUUGAUGGCUUGGAAUACACGUUUAAUGGAAUGGGAGAAUUUGUAUUACUACGAGUGGAUCAUUUGAGAGACAAGCUCGAUGUUCAGGCUAGGUUCGAGCAAGUCGAAAGAAAUUUUUAUGGACCUGUCAAUGCCACUAAAUUGACAUCGAUUGCAGUGAGGGGAAAUAAUUCCGCUAUUAUUGAGGUACGAUUACGACAAAAACACUCGCAAUGGAGAUACCGCCUAGACGUUUUUGCCGAUAAAGAACGCGUUUAUUUCGACAGACCUUCCUUAAAGUUUCAACAUUUUCCCGGUGUAGUUGUCUAUACUCCAACAUACAUUUUAAAUCAAAGCGAAGUUAUCAUUAUGAUGGAUACCGGUGCUGGUGUUGAAGUUAUAGAAAAUGAAGGCUUCAUGUCAGCUAGAGUUUAUCUUCCAUGGUCAUACAUGAAUAAAACCAGGGGAUUGUUCGGAAAUUGGAGUCACGAUAUUACCGAUGAUUUCACCAACCCGGACGGUCAAAUGGCAUCCGUCGGCAAUUUAAACAACUUUGAAGACGUUCAUAAGAAUUUCGCAAUGAAUUGGCUAUUGGAGGAUAAGGAUGUGGAGAGUAAAGGGGCUGCUUUGUUUACAAGGAAGUUCGGUAGAACUGCCUCCUUUUUCGCUAAUCGAAGAUUUCAACCGGAAUUUCGUCGAACGCCUGAAGAAAUAAUACCAUCCAAUAGAACGGAAGAUCGAGUGCGAGCUAACGCUUUGUGUGGAGACUCGUAUCAAUGCAAGUACGAUUACGCAAUGACCCUUAAUCGGGAUUUUGCACAUUUCACAAGAAAUUAUUACGAUACUUACACGCAAAUAAAGGCAAUAAACGAUAAGAGAACUAUAUCUUGUGGUAUAUUGGAAACACCGCGUUUCGGUCGAAAAACCAAUUUUCUCUUUAUACCCGGUGCCAAAGUAAGCUUCGAGUGUAACCAAGAUUUUAUACUUGUUGGAGAUCAACGUCGAGAAUGUACACCGGAGGGACGAUGGAACAUUCCCGAGUAUGGAUACACUGAAUGCCUUCGUCAAGUCGAAUAUGCUCAACGUACCGCAUGGACAACCUUCGGCAUUGUAGCGGCAAUGUUAAUCCCUGCUACAAUAUGUAUCGUUCUUGCUUUUGUUUAUAUGAGAAAAAAUCGAUCUAAUGGAGAUUCUACUAAAUCUUGGCGUUAUUCCGAACGCAGCUCGGGUAUAGAUAACGAUUCUAUGUUGAUGAAACAAACAGUUCCUUUAAAGAUGGACGAUAGAGCAGUUUCACCUGUUAGCGAUAGUAGUCUCAGCUCAUUAGGUGGUACAAAGAAGCGACGUUCUUAUGACAAAGUUUAUCGUACGAAUGAACCUUUACCAGACAGACCUAACAUCGAUUUUGAGGACAAAGAUUGGGAUCUCAAAGAACCCGUCUCACCGACCGAAUCUGACUCGACCGUAGAUUCGAUUCAAAAGACUGGAAGUCUUACGAGAGAAAGCGAUGUGUAA